CUCAUCAACAUCCUCUACAUCCCCUACAUGCCCAACAUUCUACUUUUCCUUUCAUAAAAAAAAGUACAUACACAACGAUAACAAUAACAGUUACCCUCUAGCCUCAUCAAUUCCUUCCUCGCUUUCCUCUUUCUUAUUAUAGUAAAAAAGAAAAAAUACAUCCAAACAAAAUGACUCUGCUCGCUGAUUCCCUCUGGCAAAGCAUCAAAGAUGUCCACGGUAAGAGAAACCGUAGCAAAUUUCUAAAUUGCCUCAGCGCCGGUAAAGUCAGUCAGGACGUGUAUAGACGUUAUCUCUUCUCCCUUUUCCAUGUUUACGACUCAAUGGAAAAGGCUCUGGAAGAUAACAAAGAGAACCCCCAGAUUGCACUCAUUUACUUCCCCUUGGAGCUCAGUCGUAAACAAGCCCUCAUUAAGGACCUUGAAUACUUUUAUGGCCCACAAUGGCGAGAUAUGAUGCCUCCCAUCACUCCUGCACAACAAGCUUACCGCUCCAGAAUCGAGCACUGGGCUGCUUCCUCUCCAGAAGUCCUAAUUGCUCAUGCCUAUGUUCGGUACCUAGGAGACCUAUCCGGUGGUCAGAUCAUUCGAAAUAAUCUUCAUCAACAUGCCAACUUUUACUCAAAUGAUGAUGAUGCCGACAAUCAUAGAGGCCUUCAAUUUUAUGAGUUUGAACAUAUUCAAGACCAAAAAAUGUUUAAAAACAUGUUCCGUAAGCAACUGAACAACGUUCAAGUUCCCAAGGAGUUAGAGAAACAGAUUGUGGAAGAGGCUAAAAGUGCAAUGUUGCUGAAUUACGAGCUAUUUAAAGAAUUCGAUUCAGACGUUGACCCGGAGGGCAAGACAAGGGCGUCUGAGAAGCCAAAUCAAAUGAUGGAUAUUGGGCCACGCAUCUAAGUUUAUUGCGUUUUGGUCACUCCUUAGUACAUAUUGCAUAUAAAAAUAAAUAAAUAUUAAGGAUUCGUCACCUCCCAUCUCUAUAUUUUUGCAUCCUAUAGCAAACACAUUGGUUGACUUGACUAAAAGGAGGAGGUGGUUGUCCUAUAGAGCACAAAUUCGAUAACC